GCUAAUGCAAAGUGAAGCAAGAAAGGAGUGGGGUUAGGCUUUGGCUGUGGGUUCUGUACUGUCUUAGCUUGUCCCCUCCACUAAACACAGUUCUCUCUCUUUCUCUUUAUCUCUCACACACAAAAACAGUCUUAAGUCCAAAUGGGGCACUACUACAUUGGCUUCCUUUGCCUUUUGGUUCUGUGCUUGCCAAGCAAUUGUCUAUGUCUGUUGCUUCUGCUCCCCCUUCACAGAGCUGCAAAUGGGGGAGGAAUCAUACUCUGAAUUUCUUGUUAUUAUUUGAUGCCCCUCUCUCUUUCCUUCUCAUCUUUUAGAUUACCCAACUGCUUUUUCACACUACAAACUCUCUUGCUAUGCUAUCCUAUCCUCACCAAGAAAAAUGACUUCUUUUUCUCUUUGCUAUUUUGUGAAACCCCUUUGCCCUUUAUGGAUUUUCUUGCUCAAAAUUGAUUGCUUUUUGGGAUAAUUCAUCUGGCAAUUAUCUUGGAACUUUCAUAGAGCUUAUGGAAACAUUCUUAAUUGCUCAUUUCAGCCUAUUUCUUGAUCAAUGUUCUUUGCCCCUUUGUUUUGUUGUGUUAGUUGCGUUUUUUUUUGUGGUUGUCUAAUGCUAGAGUGACUCUCAAGUGUUUGGUUCAAGAAAAGCAUAAAGUUGGAAACUUUUUCAUCUGGGAAUUCAUGGAAUUCGAUCUGAAUCAUGCUGUGAGUGAAGUGGAGAAGAAUAAUGCAUGUGUGAACGGAGAAGAAUGUGAAGGUGGUAGUGGUGAUUAUGCGUUUCUGCAAACUUCAAUUUUUUCACCGAAUGCUGCCUCUCACUCAUCUUCUUCUUCUUCCCCUUGUUCAGAAUCUGCUCCACCAUCGAUAUAUGUGGAGCUCUGGCAUGCUUGUGCUGGACCUCUCACCAGCUUGCCCAAGAAGGGAAAUGUAGUGGUCUAUUUCCCUCAAGGCCACAUGGAGCAGGCUGCCUCUGCCUCCCCCUUUCCUCCUAUGGAUGUCCCCACUUUUGAUCUUCCUCCACAGAUCUUUUGCCGGGUUGUUGAUGUUCAGCUUCUUGCAAACAAGGAGAAUGAUGAGGUUUACACUCAACUGAAUCUGCUUCCUCUACCAGAGGUCGAAGGGGUGAAAUCGAACGGCGAAGAGAGUGAAAGUGUGGGUACUGGCGAGGAUGGGUAUGGUGUCAUGCCUGCAAAGUCGACUUCCCACAUGUUCUGCAAGACCUUGACUGCUUCAGAUACCAGUACCCAUGGUGGAUUUUCUGUUCCUCGUAGAGCCGCUGAAGACUGCUUCCCCCCUCUGGAUUAUAAAGAGCAGAGGCCCUCCCAGGAACUCAUAGCCAAAGACCUGCAUGGAGUGGAGUGGAAGUUCAGACACAUUUAUAGAGGCCAGCCAAGGCGGCAUUUGCUCACUACUGGUUGGAGUAUAUUUGUUAGUCAGAAAAAUCUUGUUUCGGGGGAUGCUGUCCUCUUUCUGAGAGGAGAAACUGGAGAACUACGGUUAGGGAUUAGACGAGCUGCUCGGCCUAGGAAUGGCUUGCCUGAUUCGAUCAUUAAGAAUCAGAGUUCUUAUCCCAAUGUCCUCUCUCCAGUUGCAAAUGCUAUAUCAAGCAACAACUCUUUUCAUGUUUUCUACAGCCCAAGGGCGAGCCAUGCUGAUUUUAUUAUCCCCGCCAAGAAAUAUGUGAAGUGUACCACCAGCCGUGUACCUGUUGGGACAAGAUUCAGAAUGCGAUUCGAUUUUGAUGAUUCUCCUGAAAGAAGGUUCAGUGGAGUGGUGACUGGAGUCGGUGAUAUGGAUCCCUAUCGAUGGCAGAACUCGAAAUGGAGAUGCCUGAUGGUGCGUUGGGACGAGGACAUCAUGAGUAACCACCAAGAACGAGUUUCUCCAUGGGACAUUGAUUUAUCAGGUAACUAUGCACCUCUGAGUAUCCAGUCCUCACCUAGGAUGAAGAAACUGAGGUCGAAUCUGCACGUUGCCCCGCAUGGUAGCCCGAUUGCUGGUGGGGACGCUGUUUUGGACUUUGAGGAGUCGGUACGAUCCUCCAAGGUCUUGCAAGGUCAAGAAAAUGUAGGUCUAGUUUCACCUUUCUACAGAGGUGAUCGUGUGAACCGCCAGCUCGAUUUUGGUGUGCAACCUACCACACUUAAUCCUGUGCCAAACGGGAUGGAUAAAAUGAACUAUGGCGAGUUUAUGAGAAACCACGCGCCCGCCAACUUCACAGGCUUUCUGGAAUCCACUUGGUUUCCUAAGGUCUUGCAAGGUCAAGAAAUUUGCUCAUUCAAAUCUCUCACGGGGAGAAGUAGCUCGGAUCUCGGUGUUUGGUCAAAACCUCAGCAUGGUUACAACAUUCACAAUCAGAGGCCGAUGCCCAGCUUCUAUCCCCUGGCUUCAGAAGGUUCUAGAAGCAUGUCGAUUCCGCACAAGAGCAUCCAUACAGGAGGACCCAUGCUGUCCAACUUCUCCAAUUUCCAAACAGGAAAUCAUGUUCUGAGCCCUACUUCUAUUCUGAGUGGGACAAAAGCCGAUGUAGGUCGAAUGCCACAUCUGACAAACGAACCGAGGGCGCUGGAGAGGACGUCUGGUCUUAAAAAUGUGAACAGUGAAAGCAACUUGAAGGAGAAUGUUCCGAGCUGCAAGAUAUUCGGUUUCUCCUUGACAGAAGAUCCUGCUGCCAUCAAUCUACAGGGCCCUAGCAAGAGGAGCUGUACAAAGGUUCACAAACAAGGUAGCUUGGUGGGGAGAGCCAUUGAUCUUUUGAGAUUGAAUGGCUAUGAUGAUUUGCUGACUGAACUCGAGAGGCUGUUCAACAUGGAGGGCCUCUUGUGCGAUCCAAAUCAUGGAUGGCGCAUACUGUACACUGAUAGUGAGAACGACAUGAUGGUGGUUGGCGACGACCCUUGGCACGAGUUUGUUGAGGUGGCGACGAAGAUCCACAUAUACACACAAGAGGAGGUGGAGAAGCUGACCAUUGGAAUGAACAGCGACGACACCAAGAGCUGCCUAGAAGAAGCGCCAUCAGCGCCUGAUGUGUCCAAGUCGUCGUCAGUAGGGGAGCCCGAUUCUUCCCCAACUGUGAUAAGGAUGUGAGGACGAGGUUCGUGUAAGCUACUAAAUAAAGUGUGGUCGUGUUCGUGUUCGUGUUCGUGGUACGAAGGAAACGAUGUAGUUGAAGUAGGUAGAUUUGGUUAUUAUUAUGUAUGAAUGCUAUUUAUUCCUCUCUAUAAACAUGAGUUGGUUUGUGUUGGUGCUUUGUCUAAUGUAAUGUUGUUAUGCUGUUGCACAAUUGAGACACAGAGAGAGAAUAUUAUUGUUUUGUUUUUCUUC